UCAUCUUAUUCUUUUAACCCUUCUGUGUUUUUCUAUUUAUAUCAACACAUUUUUAUGGUCUUCGCCUUGUCUUGACUCUUGACUUCUCCAUAACCUUGUUCAUCAGGUGAUUCAUUGAUCCUCUUUUUCUGCAGAAUUCCCUGAACACUUAUGGAUGGAAGGUGGAGUGAGGGAAAGAGGAUCUUGAUGUACAAGGAAGAGGAUGAGUGUGAAGAAGAGCAAGAAGAUGAAGAAGAAGAAGAAGAGGCCGUACUUUAUGGAGAGGAUGGAAUUAGGAAGAAAAGGGUGGUGGUGACUGAUCUAUACAGCAAGAGAGGGUCCAAAGCCGGAGGCUCAGCUGUGCCGCCUUCUUGUCAGGUGGAGGGUUGCUAUGCUGAUCUAAGCGGCGCUAAGGCGUACCACCGGCGGCACAAGGUGUGUGAGCACCAUGCCAAGGCUCCUUCCGUACUACUUUCUGAACAACAGCAAAGGUUUUGCCAGCAAUGCAGCAGGUUUCAUGAACUGUCAGAGUUUGAUGACACAAAAAGGAGUUGUAGAAGGCGCUUGGCUGGACAUAAUGAGAGGCGUCGCAAAAAUGCAUCUGAAUUUCAAGGAGAAGGAUUUAAUGGAUGAGGAGAUAUAUUAAUUUCAGACUUUCUCUCUUAAUUAGGGGACAAGUCAAGCCGCCAAGCACCACAUGAGCAUUAAAAUAAAAUCCCCCAUGCAUGAAUCCUUCCUAUUCAAUCUGCGGAAGCUCUCUCUCUUCUGUCAAAUCCUUGUCAUUUUAAGAUAUAUAUUGUUGUUGCUGAGUUAUAUCUAUCAAUCUAUGGAAUAUUUUCACCUGAUGAAUUCAUAAAAAAGCUUGCUUCACUAGCUACAUGCAUGCCUAUAUUUAGUAUGUGUGUUUCUUUUAA